GUAUAAUUUAGCUAGUUUUGAUUGGUGGGCAAUGUUCUGUUUUUCAUUCCAUUGAUGGAGUCGAAUGAAGACCUAAAGGGUCUCAUUGAGAGAGCAUGGGAUUUGCAUGGUAGACUCAAUUGCGAGAUCGAACAAAGCAUCAAGUUUUGCAGAUUUUGCUUAAACCAUGGUCGUUUCUGCGAUGUUGCAGAUCAGAUUCCCUUCGAUGAAAGGGAGAGAUUAAUUGUCAUUAGAGAUUCACUAAAGGGUGUUGAGAACAUUCUCUUGUUUUUACAGAAUUUAGAGUGUUGGCAACUGAGGGAUAGAGAUGAGGCUCUUAGUCGUAUGGAAGACAGUCGAAUGGUUUUAAUAGACUUAGUGAGGCGAUAUCAAGGAAAGACAUCCCCAGAUGUGUUGAGAGAAUUGAAUGCAUGUUUCGGCAAUGUUAUUAUUCAAAACUUAUUAAAAUGUCAUGAGGAGAAGGAGGAGCCCAAUAUUAUGCAAAACAAAUGGUGGAUAUGGCCAAAAGCUUUCGGAAGUAUUGCUCUCAAACUUCUAAUCUUCUCAGCAACCGCAAGCAUAUCAUAUAUGGUCAGUAAUUGUAAUCAAAAUCAAACCAAGCAUUUGUCCUCCGUUUCAACAAGAAAAGGUCCUCCGUUUUUGGAUUCAACAGAAGCACAAAGAAGCCAUAAUUGAUUUAACGUGUUUGAUGGCAGGGGAUGAUCACUAUACACAUGCAAUUUUUUUUUUUUUAAAAUUAUUAUUUUACUUGGUAUAUUUUUUAUUUUAUAGCAUAUGUAUGCUUUGUGUUUGUCGUCA